AAAUAAAUACACUCAUCACCCUCCCCAUUCUGCUCAGCAGAGAUCAGAACCAUUCCUAUAUUUCUCUGCCUUUAAUAUUAUGGCUAUUGGCAAAGAAACGAUGCAACAACAACACAAGAAGGAGGAGGAGGAAUUCAUCUUCAAGUCCAGGCUCCCAGACAUCUACAUCCCCAACCACCUUCCCCUCCAUUCCUACAUCUUCCAGAACCUUCCGGAGUUCGCCACGCGUCCCUGCCUCAUCAACGCCCCAACCGGACAAGUUUUCACCUACUCCGACGUCGACCUCAAGGCCAGAAGAGUGGCCUCAGGCCUCCACAAACACGGAAUCCGCCAAGGUGACGUCAUCAUGAUCCUGCUCCCAAACUGCCCUCAAUUCGUCUUCUCCUUCCUAGGCGCAUCGUUCCGCGGCGCCAUCGCCACCGCCGCCAACCCGUUCUUCACGGCCGCCGAGAUAGCCAAGCAGGCCAAGGCCUCCAACGCCAGGCUGCUGGUAACGCAGUCCAGUUACUACGACAAGGUGAAGGACCUCCACGGCCACCUCAGCCUGGUGUUCGUGGACACUCCCCCGGAGGGGCACCUGCAUUUCUCGGAGCUGGAAGAGGCCGACGAGGAAGACAUCCCGGAGGUGAAGAUCAGCCCGGAGGACGUGGUGGCGCUGCCGUACUCGUCGGGAACAACGGGACUGCCGAAAGGUGUGAUGCUGAGUCACAGGGGGUUGGUGACGAGCGUGGGGCAGCAAGUGGACGGAGAGAACCCAAACCUUUACUAUCACAGCGAGGAUGUGAUCAUGUGCGUGCUCCCCAUGUUCCACAUAUACUCCCUCAACUCCGUCCUGCUCUGCGGCCUCAGGGCCAAGGCUGCCAUCGUCUUGAUGCCCAAAUUCGAGAUCACUGCCUUCCUCGCCUUGGUGCAGAAGCAUCGGGUCACCAUAUGCCCCGUCGUGCCUCCCAUCAUUCUCGCCAUUGCAAAGUGCCCGGAUCUCCACAACUACGACCUUUCUUCCAUCCGAGUCCUUAAAUCCGGCGGCGCUCCCCUCGCCAAGGACCUUGAAGACACCGUCCGCCUCAAAUUCCCCAACGCCAAGCUUGGGCAGGGAUAUGGGAUGACAGAGGCUGGUCCAGUGUUAACAAUGUGCUUAACAUUCGCGAAAGAAGCCAUAGACGGAAAACCAGGUGCAUGUGGCACCGUCGUCAGAAACGCUGAGUUGAAGAUUGUUGAUCCUGAAACCGAAAAAUCUCUCCCGAGAAAUCAACCGGGUGAAAUUUGUAUUAGGGGCCACCAGAUCAUGAAAGGUUAUCUAAACGAUCCAGAGGCAACAGAGAGAACAAUUGACAAGGAAGGGUGGUUGCACACGGGUGACAUCGGUUACAUCGACGACGAUGAUGAGCUUUUCAUCGUUGAUAGGCUCAAAGAAUUGAUCAAAUACAAAGGUUUCCAAGUUGCUCCUGCUGAACUGGAAGCCCUCCUUCUCUCCCAUCCUAAAAUUUCUGAUGUUGCUGUUGUCCCGAUGAAAGAUGAAGCGGCCGGUGAGGUGCCAGUUGCAUUUGUCGUGAGAGCAAAUGGUCACAGUGACACAACUGAGGAUGAGAUUAAGCAAUUCGUUUCCAAACAGGUGGUGUUUUACAAGAGAAUUAACCGAGUAUUCUUCGUUGAUGCCAUUCCCAAGUCACCCUCCGGCAAAAUAUUACGAAAGGAUCUAAGGGCAAGGCUCGCACUACCUCUUCCAAAUUGAAUUCGUUAAUAUUACCAUUUCCAUAAUACAAUAAAUAUUACAAAAAUUUGUAUUAUAUUCCAUAUUUACAUACCAUGGCUCCCCGCUUAAGCUUCAAUUAUCUUCUAACUGAAGAAAACAGCACACAACAGGCUUCAGCCUUUAGACCAAACAUUAGGAUACGUGUGGUAUCAUAUCAGCCAUGUAUAACUAAUUAAUGUGAGGUGAGACGUGUUCUUUUUAUGUCCAA